GGACGACGUGCCUCCUGCGCCACUUUUUUCGUACACUUGGCGGUAGUGUACGCAUGCGCGAUGCCGUAGCCGGUUAUGGCGGCCGAGAGUGUGUUUCCAUGAGGCGCCUUGCGAUACCUAUUCUUUCGGACUGAGAACGCAAAAAGAGGGACCGAGGCCAUGGCUGGCGUGUUCGACAUCGACUUGGACCAGCCAGAGGAGAACGUCUCUGACGACGAGAUUGAAGAUGGGGCCCAGAACAGUGAGUUCAUGGAUCAGUGCAACAGUUUCGAAUUUAACAUGGAUGGCUGUGAAAAAUUCGAAAUCUCAGAAGACAGUGUCAAUAAAGGAACAGAGCAGAUUCGACCAGAGUGUUUUGAACUGCUUCGGGUCUUGGGAAAAGGUGGAUAUGGCAAGGUGUUCCAAGUUAGAAAGGUGUCCGGAGCUACGUCAGGAAAAAUAUUUGCUAUGAAAGUCCUUAAAAAGGCAAUGAUCGUCCGCAACGCGAAGGACACGGCACACACCAAAGCCGAGCGCAACAUCUUGGAGGAGGUCAAGCAUCCAUUCAUCGUCGAUCUCAUUUACGCCUUCCAGACCGGGGGCAAGCUGUACCUCAUCCUGGAGUACCUCAGCGGGGGAGAGCUAUUUAUGCAACUAGAGAGAGAAGGGAUUUUCAUGGAGGACACGGCCUGCUUUUAUCUAGCAGAGAUCUCCAUGGCUCUGGGACACUUGCAUCAAAAAGGGAUCAUCUACAGGGACCUCAAACCGGAGAACAUCAUGCUUAACAACCAUGGUCACGUGAAGCUGACCGAUUUCGGCCUGUGUAAAGAAUCGAUCCACGAUGACACAGUCACUCACACGUUCUGUGGUACCAUAGAAUAUAUGGCCCCGGAGAUCCUGAUGAGAAGUGGCCACAACCGCGCCGUGGACUGGUGGAGUCUGGGAGCUCUGAUGUACGAUAUGCUGACCGGCGCGCCACCCUUCACUGGCGAGAACCGGAAGAAAACCAUAGAUAAAAUUCUGAAGUGCAAACUGAACCUUCCACCCUACCUCACACAAGAAGCCAGGGACCUUCUCAAAAAGCUGCUCAAAAGGAACGCCUCGUCACGCCUGGGGGCCGGACCAGGAGACGCCACUGAAGUGCAGGCUCAUCCUUUCUUCCGACACAUCAACUGGGAAGAGCUCCUCGCCCGCAAAGUGGAGCCUCCUUUCAAACCCUUCCUGCAAUCCGCCGACGACGUGAGCCAGUUUGACUCCAAGUUCACGAGCCAGACGCCAGUGGAUAGUCCGGACGAUUCGACGCUCAGUGAGAGUGCCAAUCAAGUCUUCCUGGGUUUUACGUACGUGGCUCCAUCCGUGUUGGAGAAUGUCAAGGAGAAAUUCUCUUUCGAGCCAAAAGUUCGAUCACCUCGACGGUUUCUGGGAAGCCCAAGAACACCAGUGAGCCCUGUGAAGUUUGCUGGUGCAGACUGCUGGCCCCGGGGCCCACCGCUGCCCGUGGCCCCAUCCCUCCAGUCCCCCACAGAGCUGGCCAUGGAGGUGUCCACAGUGGAGCAGAUGGACGUGACGGCCAGUGCGGAGGCCUCGGCCCCCCUGCCUAUCCGGCAGCCAGCUGGCACCAACCCAGGGCCUUUCAAGAAGCAGGCCUACCCCAUGAUCUCCAAGAGGCCUGAGCACCUGAGGAUGAAUCUUUGACGCUCAGCUUGACCCCUCCCCCUUUCCUUUUUUCUUUUUAAACGGACAUGAGAAAAUGAAACGGACACAUCUUCUCACCACCAGCCUGAUCAUGCAUUUGCCCCCUGUUGCCAUGGCGAGUGUGACUCCGCCUCCUCGCGGAGACUGGCUUUUUUCAUCUUCCCCUGGGUUGGCUUGACAGAUUCGAGCUGGGCCUUACUCUGAUUAUACUCAUUUUUAUUUUAUAAUUUUGUUUUUUUUACAUGAUUCUGUCUCAUCAGAAAAAUGAAAUGAACAAGGGAGGAAAGUCGUCACGUGUGAACACCCAUGGAAUGUUGGAGUUCUACAGUAUUACUUUAGAUGCUGUGUCGCUUUCCUGUCUAUUUCUGUUUCUUUUUGAGAAUGAAAGGACGAAUCAUUGAACAAAUGUAUUAUAAUUUAAGGAUCAGUUGGGGUCCUGCAAUGCAAAUAUGUGAUGCAUCUGAUGGGUUUGCAGCAAGCUGCCGGUAACAUCCUAUAAAAUACUAGAUCAGUAUAUAAACACUACAAUAAAAAAAGAACAAAUUAGUUUUAAUAUCUUUCCAUUUAAAUGAUGUGGGUUUGAGUGUGAUUGGCCCAAUGAGAUCCUUGCGGCCUAGGUUUUUUCCACCACUCUUUGUUGCUUGUCAGGUUUCCAGUACGAGGGUGCAUUUUGUCAAACAUGACUCGCUGACUGAAUGGCACGGUGAAACGGCGCUCUACCACAUGUCCAGUACCAAAUGUAGCAGACGGCUGUGAGGAUGUUACAGGCUUGCGCAGCCAUUCUGAAUCGUGUGAGGAAAUGUUGAUGACAUCAUGGAUUCUAAGGCCUUUUGAAUAUGACUGACAAGCAGACCCACACAGUUUGGCGCUUUCCCUUGCCCUUUCUCUCACUCUGUCUGUCUGUCUCUCUCUCUCUCUCCUUUCUCUCUUUCGAGUGCCAGAAUCCACGUACAGGUUAAGAACUUGAAUAAACCCAUGAACAAGUUUACUGUUUUAAAAAAAGAAUAAUAAUAAUAAUACUAAUAGGCUGAUCUUCCAAGGUCAUUUUCUCUGCUGAAAUUACAGCUUCUGUCUUUCGCUUUCCUUUCUGUGAUUAAUAUCACGGUUUGAUGUGAGGCCAAUCCUUAAUCGCUGCCUUACAUAUAGUAUUAACCUGUCCAUCCCAAGUAGGUGAAGUAUUUUUAUGGUUAUUAUUUUAUAAUGUGCACCUGAGAAAUGACUGAUGCUUUACUAAACCAUGUUGUGACCUCCAUGUCCAUUACAGGAUGUCUUAAACACUUCACUGUCACUGAGGCUUUAUCUGUUUUCUAAACUGAGCCAGAGGAGUAAAGCCAUAACUUUCUCGUCCAUAAUCGGCAGACUUAUUCAGAACCGGACCUCGGGGUGGGACCCACAUGGCGGGAUGGUGUGUCCCGGCUGCUUGUUGGCAUCCAAGUUGGCAGAGCGAUAUCUUUCGUGAGCGGCUCCUGAUGUUGCCGUGGUUGCUGUGACCGCGAUGGAGGUGUCAGGGCUCCAUGUUGUGUUGAUGUUGAAUAAACACUAUGAUUUUUAUUCGA